CUCUCUCUCUCUUUGUCUCCUUGUCAUCAACCUCUCCACCUCCUCACCUGUGAAUCAUUGCAUGCUCAAAUCUCAUCUCCUCAACACUGUGUCUGGUGCCUUGGAUUCAUGAGAACAGUUUUGCUCUGCUUCAUCCAUGGCAACCUAUGUGAAUCAUCCAGGAGGCUAAGCCUUAUCUACUGUCAAGUCUGACCCGAACGAAGCCCUCACGUGUUCAAAGCCUCAUCCAGUCUUUGUUCACCCUUUCCCUCCUUCUACAAGAAUGGCCUCACGGACAAGACUACAAAGCCUUGCCCUCAAGGUAGCAAUCAGAUACCCUGACGUGUUGAGCUCUCACGUGCUCCAAGUCUCACCCAGUCUCUAUUCACCUAUCCACACCUUCUACAAGAAUGGUCUCAGGGACAAUGCUGCAAAGCCUUGCCCCUGAGGUAGCAAUCCGACACAUUCACAUGCUGGGCGCCCUCACGUGUUCAAACGCCUCACCCUGUCCAUAUUCUCCUAUCCCUCCACAAGAUCAGCUGCCAAGCGGCAAUUGAUCUUGCAAGAGCACUGAGAUCGGGCAAUCAAUCGAUCUCAGAGAGACUGCCUCACCUCCUACUUACGCACUCAAUUCCUCUCAUCUUCCAUAUCAUCCUCACUCUCUCAUCUUCUCUCCUCAUCAAAUCAUCCUCACACCAACAAAACCCAUCACCACCAAACCACACAAUCUACAGCCCUCCCCAUUUCCACCAAUUCCUUAUCUGUCAAAGACAGCAUCAACAAGCAGAUAAUCACCAGAAGGAGAUAUCACCAGUAUGAAGAACCAGGCUUCAAUCAACAAGCUUGGAAACGAUUCCACUUCUGCUAGCGAGGAAACUCGCCAUGCCGGAUUAUGUGAUAUCUGCCAUCUCGGAUAUCACAAGCUGGGUGACUGUCCUCAGGUCACUCGGCGAAUCAAUCCCGUCGACAAAAGCUACGAUGGGAUGCGAGGCACAUGCCCUCCGUUAAUACCAGUCAAGACCAAGGCAUGUCUUGAGGCCGAGGAGAAGGCUGCCGCUGCCGCUGCCGGCGAGGGCAGAAAGGAUGCCGGAAGCGCAUCCUAUUAUUGGACGACAUCAACGACGACAGGAGAAGGCACGAGGUCAGAAGUCGGUCGGCAGGCCAUGAGGGCCGGAGGAGAUGGUGAAGAAUCAGACGCCAGCAAGGCGAACCAGAACAAGGAGACUACGGGCAGGAAGGCCGACGAUGCUCAGGAUCGUGCCGAUUGGCUGAUCGAGCUCGAUUGAUGUUGAGGCGAAGACGGCCUGCAUCGGAUAACAGUGGUUCACAACGUUACACGAUAUGUGACGAUACCUUCCGUUAUAGCAGUCUUUGAGGCUGGUGGAGAGAAAACUCUUGUAGCGUUGGCGUUGGUGGCUCAGUGUCUUUCAGAAGGCAGCGA